AUGGCUGCUGUGGCAGGAUUUGCCACGAAUGCCGCUGCACAGGAAACUACCACCGCCACAGCUACGGCAACGAUUGUUACGCCCAUCAGCAUUACCAAAACGGUAGACAUGAAUUUCGGUAACGUAGCCGUACAAUCUACUACCGGUGGCACUGUUGAGUUGACACCGGGCGGCGCACGUACCGCAACCGGCGGCGUAACCCUUCCGGCCACAAAUGGUACCGUAACAGCAGCCUCUUUUACAGUAAAUGGUAAUGGCGCCAUAACCCUUAGUGCUGGUAGUGUUGUUGAAUAUGCAGCAACCAGUAAUAACCAGAUCAUCAGCAAUACACUUACUUAUGCAACACUCCGGCUAAGUGGUGCCGGCACCAAAACACUCGCCGGAGAUUUGCCGCCAUUAUUGGCUACAACAGCUAAUACCGGCAAUAUAGAAGUCAAUGCAGGGGUGCUGGAUAUGGCUUCGUUUAAAGCAGACCGCGGGACGGCGGUUGCAGGCGGCAGCUUCCGGAUAGAAGGUACUGCUUCGGUGAAAAUAGGUGGCACCGGCACCUUUCCGGCCAAUUAUACGUACAGCGUGCUAGGCAUAAAUACGACAGUUGAAUAUGGCGGCACCAAUCAGACCAUCGCAGCCAAAACCUAUGGCAACCUUAGCUUAACCGCUUCAUCAGGCGCGGUUGUAAAAACAUUUCCGGCUACGGCAUUUACCGUAGCGGGCAACCUUAGUGCAACGCAGGGGGGCGGUACUGCUGUCUCUUUUACCAGUGGCAGCAAUCUUACCAUUGGCGGUAACCUUAGUAUUGGUACUGCUACUACUUUUAACGGAGCAGGCACCCUGGAUGUAACAUCCGCAACGCCGAAUACCGUUCUGUUCAACGGGACUGUUGCUCAGAAUGUAAAUGCCAUCACUUACAACACCCUGAUGCUAUCGAACGGCAAUACGAAAACGGCAGCCGGAGCCACUACGGUCAAUGGCGACUUUACGAUUGGCACGGGUACCACAUUUGGUGCAAGCAGUUUUACACAUUCAGUGGGCGGCAACUGGACAAGCAAUGGCACGUUUACCGCCGGUACCGGCACGAUACAACUAAGUGGAAUGAUGGAUGCCAGCAUCACCGGUGCAGCCACCUUUAAUAUCCUGACGCUUAAUAAGGGCAGCGGCAAUAUAGUUACACUAGCCAGCGAUGUCAAUGUGGCCACGCUGAAUAUGACCAGCGGCGGCAUGAAUACCGGUAACCAAACGCUAAACAUUACCAAUACGCGGAAUGGCAAUGGGAUCAUCCUGGGGACCAUCAAAAGGACGCACGCUUUUGUAGCCCUGACCUCUUAUGCUUUUGAGGGGCCUGACAAUACAGUGAAUAUUACCGGCCUUAAUACCAUCUCCUCUAUAACCAUGACGGUAACCAAUACGCCGGUCAGCGACUUCCCUUAUGGCGGCGCUACUAACCGGCAGUAUAAUAUCAGUGUAACCGGCAGCUUCGGCAUAUCACUCGCCACUUUACGAUUGCACUACGAGGAUGAUGAGCUCAAUGGAAACGGGGAAUCCACUAUGCAGUUAUGGAGGAAUAACGGAUCGGGCUGGGCCGCAUCGGGCAAGCUUGGUUACACGGCGUUGCCAACAUCGAUACAAGCCAGUGGCCUGGGCAGCCUGGGGGAUAUUGCAGUUGGCAGCCUGGUACCUGCCACUACCUGGACCGGGAAUGUAAACACCGAUUGGUUUGUUGCCGGCAACUGGUCUGCAGGCUUUGUACCCACCGGCCCGUUUAAUGUGAUCAUUCCUGCCGGCCGUAUCAACUACCCGGUUAUUACUACCGGCAUGGCAGCUGCAAAAGAUAUGACGAUUCAAUCCGGCGCUUCGGUUACGGUGAGCAAUGCCACGGUUGCCAUCGGUGGCAAUAUCAGCAACAGUGGUGCUUUCGCCGCAGGCAAUGGUACGCUUAUGAUGAAUGGUAGCGCAGCGCAGACGCUUCCGGGUGCUUCCUUCACGGGAAAAACAAUUCAAAAUCUAACGAUCGAUAAUACAGCCGGGGUCACCUUAUCAGACAGUCUUCGCCUGACUGGUAUCUUAUUGGCAACACGCGGUGUUUUUAAUGCCGGCGGCUUACUGACAUUGGUUUCUGCCGCCGCACAAUCCGCACUGAUAGAUGGCAGCGGCGGCGGUGAAGUAUUGGGCAAUGUAACGAUGCAACGUUAUCUGAAUUCCGGCUUCGGGUAUAAAUAUCUCAGCACUCCGUUCCAGGCUGCUACGGUACAGGAGCUGGCCGAUGAUGUAAAUCUCAAUGCUACUUUCCCACCGGUAUAUCGUUAUGAUGAGCAACUGGCUUCGUCGGGCUGGGGUAUUUCCGGUGGCAGCGUUAUUAUAUACCCCGACGGUUCCCGCGUGGUCACCGGCAGCAUUGUACCCGCCAACCUGGGCUUCCCAUUCUCACCCGCUAUUUUUGAAGUGGAGGAUGUCUUUGAUUUUCUGAAGAUCCGCAAUCAUAUUUCUCCGCUGGCCGAUACCGUUUCGGGUACGUUCAUUACGGAGCAGGCCCGGUUUGUUAUUGAUAAAAAUAGUAACCGCAUUUACUACCAGGAUAAAAUUUUCGAGCUGCGGCCGGAUGAUCUUUUUAAUACCGUCACCAGCCUGUACAUGAAAAAGGACCUCUUUAGUGAGGUGUUCGGACUGGACUGUAAUUUUAAUUUCCGGGGCUUGUCGGUGAACAUGAGUACCCGCCAGGAAUUGCCGGCUGUGCGUGAGUUAAGGCUCGAAACGAUGCGACGGAAUAUCAACCGGCUAAGGGGGCAGGCUGCAGCCGAUACGGUGAUCGGGCAGAAACGUCCUUUUUUCCGGCUGGGUAUGGCCGACUGGGCGGUGAUUGCAACGCAACGGGUACAGGAAGCCAAUGAUACGCGCCUGAAUCUAUCGCUCGGUGCCAUGCUUGCCGGUGGUGAAGCCAUUGUAUCCCUCAACUAUAACAAUUAUGCAAAGCGACAAGUAUCCUCUGAGCAAAAUCCGGUCAGACCAUUUUCUGAGCGGCAGCAGUUUUACCGCUGGCGUUAUGUAGCCAAUGAUAACCCGCUGGUUAAACAAGUGAUCGCCGGUAAGUUAUUCACGCAAGCCACCUCCUCGAUUUUUGAUCCGGUUGUUGGUGUGCAGAUAACGAAUGCACCAACUAUUUCCCGCCGGGCUUUUGGCACUUAUACGCUUACGGACCAUACCGAGCCCAACUGGACGGUAGAGCUGUAUAUGAAUAAUGAACUGGUAGCUUAUACCAAGGCAGAUGCCGCCGGGAUGUUUACGUUCCAG